GCGAGGAGCAGUUGAUCAGUCGGCGAGAAAAAGGAAAGAUGCAGAUCUUCGUCAAGACCCUGACCGGGAAGACGAUCACGCUCGAGGUGGAGAGCAGCGACACCAUCGACAAUGUCAAGGCCAAGAUCCAGGACAAGGAAGGUAUCCCUCCGGAUCAGCAGCGUCUGAUCUUCGCCGGGAAGCAGCUGGAGGACGGGCGCACCCUGGCGGACUACAACAUCCAGAAGGAGUCGACGCUGCACCUGGUGCUCCGCUUGCGGGGCGGCAGCCGCGGCCAGUACAUCAUCAUGGACCCCAGCCUCCUGCAGCUCGCGCUCAAGUACAAGGAGAAGAAGAUGAUCUGCCGCAAGUGCUACGCGCGCCUCCCCCGCGGCACCACCAACUGCCGCAAGAAGAAGUGCGGACACAGCAACGAGAUCAGGGCCAAGAAGAGGUUCCUCGACAAGCAUAUCAUGUGAAGAAGAAGAAGCCCAAUAUGAUAGAUUUCGUGUUAUAUAGUAGUAGUAGUAUUUUCUAUGGCAAGACAGUCUUUUAAGUCUUAGGUUUAUUAGGCUGGUCACAAUGGGCAAGAACAUAAGCUAGUAACUUACACACUUCCCUAGACUAUGUUACUACCUCCAUAGUGGGUAGGAACAUCUAUGUAGUGUCAUGCAACGAUGUAUUUAUUAGGUUAUAGACUCAUUAUUUCUUGGAGUGUGUGAUGUUCCAGUAAAUUAGCUAGUUACCACAAGCAUCUCUCUCUUCAUUAAAUAUGUGUCACAUAAGCAAAGUUGCAUUGGAGUGUGUGAUAUUACUCCUAAGUUCUUCCCCAUUGUGACC